ACAAUUGAAAAAUGGAUAAGAUAAUACAACAAAAUGAUGGUAAGUAUAAACAUUAUUAUAUUUGUUUUGAAUUAUUAAUUAUUGUUUAUUAGAUCAAAUUAUGGACCUGCUGGCUCAAUUAUUGCAACAGCACAAAAUAUUAGAUAACAGCAAAGCUAAGGAUGCUCAAAGUUUGAGUCUACAAGCUCAGCUAGGGGAAAAGAACAAAUUGGAACGGAACAGUUUCCAAACAGUGAAGGAGGUUUUUCCAAACUCAAACCUAACUGAACAUGAGGAUGACUUGGCAUUAGGCGAACACAUUCAGAUAUUCAGUCUACCACCUGACAGUGUGUUAAAUUUAAAUUCUGUUAGUGCUGCACAAAAAGAAUCGUUAGUAAUAAGCCCAUGCAGUGAAGGAAGUGAACAAUUGUGGGACCGUAUUUGGGCUGAAAAUGGGUGUGGUACGGAAACCAAGAUAUGGCACAAGUUCAACAUGAAACAUGGAUUAGAAUUUAAUUGGGGAUCAAAUCAAGUCUGGAAGUGUUACAGGAUGGAAGAGUCAACCUACAGAUGAAAAAACACUGAGAGUGCAUUACCAUUAAGGUAUGAGGUAAAGUAAUAGAGUAUGCACAUUGUCUAAUGAGAAGUACCAUCUUGUGUGAAUGAAUCUUGUAUAACAGCAAUCCUUUAUAGUUCUGUCACA